UCCGCGCAGCAGCGAGACCAUGGCGGGCCAGACGAAGCUUGGCUUUUCCUCCAAGGGAACGGCUGAGAAGAAGGAAGGAAAAGGAGUGCGAGAGGAGGACAAGUCGAAUGGGGCAUCUGGGAAGAGGAGCAGGCCGCUAGCAGAGAGUGACGAAAGCGAUGACGAGGAGCCGCCGAAGAAGGACGUGAAAAGGGGAGCAAAAGCUGAUAGCGAGGACGACGAGUACAACGACAAAGACGAAGAGGAAAAGGAGGAGGAGGAUGCGGAGAAAGAAGAAGAAGAAGAAAGGGAGGAAGGAAAGGCCGUCAAACAGCUCGCGUCCAUCUUUCUCAAGAAACAGCUGCCCACCGAGUCCGAUGCCUCAUGGAAGCAGGGGCAACCCACGCCAUACUCGGCCAUGGCACAAGCAUUUGCAGAGAUUGAGGCUACAACAAAAAGGUUGGCCAUCCUCGAGAUCCUCACUAAGCUCCUCGUCAAGGUGGUCAAGCUUUCUCCAGAAGAUCUGCUGCCGUGCGUCUACCUGUGCAUCAACCGGCUAUGUCCAGACUACGAAGGACUGGAGCUAGGGAUCGGGGAGAGCAUCCUUGUCAAGAGUAUCGCGCAGAGCACGGGAAGAGAUGUGGCAAGGAUCAAAAAGGACCUCGAGGCAAAGGGAGACUUGGGCCUCGUAGCCAUUGGAUCGCGGCAGAAGCAGCCCACGAUGUUCAAAUCGGCCGCUCUGACAGUGCGCAGUGUCUUCAAGCAGCUCAAGGAGAUUGCUGCUAUGACGGGCAACAAGUCGCAGGAGCGCAAGAUUGGCGGCAUCAAAAAGCUGCUGGCCGCAUCGCAAGGCGAGGAGCCAAAGUACAUUAUGCGCAGUCUCGAAGGAAAGCUCCGUAUCGGCCUGGCAGAAAAGACUGUCGUUGUCGCUUUGGCCCAGAGCAUUGUAUUGGCCAAGUCUAAGCAUCCGACGACAGAGACACUGGAAAAGGCAGUCGAGACAGUCAAGAGCGUCUACAGCGAGCUACCAAGCUAUGACAUUGUGGUGCCGACGCUUUUGCGAGUUGGCGUUGAAGGUCUGCGCACAGAGUGCAAGCUCACACCGGGCGUGCCCCUCAAGCCGAUGCUUGCCAAGCCGACAAAGGCAAUCGGCGAGGUCCUCGACCGCUUCGAGGGGAAACCGUUUGUGUGCGAGUACAAAUACGACGGCGAGCGGGCUCAGGUCCACUGGUUCCUCGACGAAGACGGCAAGAGGAAGGUGACGGUCUUCAGUCGAAAUUCGGAAAACAUGAGCGUCAAGUACCCGGACCUUGUGGAACAGAUUCCACGGGCAGUGGUAGACGGCGUCGACUCGUUUGUCUUGGAUGCCGAAUGCACGGCGUGGCAAAAGGCAGAUGAGGCGAAUGGCCAAAAGGCGCGACUGCUCCCCUUCCAGGAGCUGAGUAAACGAAAGCGCAAGGACAUCAAGGUGGAAGACAUCAAAGUCAAGGUCAAGCUGUUUGCGUUCGACCUCCUCUACCUCAACGGCGAGCCUCUUUUACACCUUGACCUGGCACAGCGAAGGGAGAAGCUAUUCAAGAGCUUCAAUCCGGUCGCAGACGAGUUCGACUACACAAUCAGCAAGGAAUGCAUCUCCAGCGAAGAGAUCCAGACAUUUCUCGACGAGAGUGUGAAGGAAGGCUGCGAAGGACUGAUGGUCAAAACGCUGCAGGGCGAAGAGGCGACGUACGAGCCAAGUCGAAGGAGUAUCAAGUGGUUGAAAGUCAAAAAGGACUACCUCGCGGGUACUGGCGAUUCGUUGGACCUCGUCGUGAUCGGUGCAUACUACGGCAAGGGCAAGAGGACUAACGUCUACGGCGCCUUCCUGCUUGCUUGCUACGACUCCGACAACGAGAGCUACCAGGCCGUGUGUAAGCUCGGCACGGGCUUCAGCGAAGAAGACCUUGAACUGCACCAUUCCACGCUCAAGCAGCUCGAAGUGGCUGGGAAGAGAGGCUACUACGAUGUGGGCGAGGCGAAACCUGACAUCUACUUUGAGCCAAAGGUCGUCUGGGAGGUUCUCGCCGCAGAUUUGUCCCUAAGUCCAGUCUACACGGCAGCCAAGGGACUCGUGGAGCAGCGAGGCAUCUCGUUGAGGUUUCCUCGGUAUAUUCGGAUCCGUGACGACAAGGAAGCAGACGAUGCGACGGGACCCGAGCAGAUUGCGGAAAUGUACAGGAAGCAGGCUACUGCGUCCAAGUCGGGCAAGGGAGGCGCAGACGAAGACGACGGCUAUUGGUAAUCAAACAACCUGUACAUCUAAGAAACUUCAUUGAGCCCAAUAACAGAUUUAGUCAUUACGAUUGAUUGUUCUAGGGUAGG